AUUGGACCAGCCUGGACCGAUGCUUCUAGCACUCGAGACGGUCGAGCACAUUGCGUCGUACAUACCGUCGUAUGCGGCGCUCUCUACCCUUCUCGACGUGCUGCCCGAGCACACGCCGGCAAUGCAGUACGUCCGCUCGUGGGGCCAGAACAAGCGCGGCGCCCUCUGGCGCUGCACUUUCUCCAAGUUCACCAUGUCCUUGAAUGGCUACCACUUGCGCUACCACAACACGGAUGCAGCGCCAAUCCACACGUACCUCGCGGCCGCCGCACCCUUUGUCCCAGGCGUCUCGGUGACCAUCAGCAAUCUUGCCGAGUUUACGCAGUACGUCCAGCCCAUUUCGCACCUCGUCACGUCGGUGGAGCUCGCGCCGACCAUGGACUUUAUCGAUGCGGCGCAGUCGCCGCCAAAUGCCGGUGCAAACCUGCGUGACGCGCUUCUAAAGUGCCCCCGACUGCACACGCUGCGUGUCACGGUCGCCGAUUGGGACGACUUUGACGGCGACCUCGCCAACGUCGACACGGUCCUCACUGCGAUGGCCCACCUUCCGCGCCUCGUCCAUGUCGAUGUGGAGGGUUGUGAAUUUGCUGUUUCCAAACUCGCUGCCUCUUGCGUUCACAGCCUCAUUGCCUGGCUGGCCAACGGCGACGCCAAGUCGCUUCGACUCGUGCACUGCAACCUUGCGAUGGACGAGACCGGACGGGACGGUCUCGGGCCCGCGCUCGCUAGUGCGCUAUCGCAGUCGAGCUCGCUGGAAGAACUCGAGAUCAAGAAUACCCCGUUCUUCAACGCGUCGGGUCUCCACGGGCAGCCGCUGCCGCCCACCUUGCGCGUGUUCCGGUGGACCACUUCGGAUACGCCGCUCGAUGUGUCGUCCGAGACUCUCGCGCGCCACCUCUGUGUCUCGCUAGUGUCGGCGACGCGACUGCAAAGGCUUCGUGUGGCAGCCAACAAUGUCUUGUGCCCAAGUACGUUUGUCCAGCAGCUUGCGUCCAUCUUGCCGACGAUGACGCGCCUUGCGUGUUUGGAGCUCAAAGGCAUUGCGGUCGGUGACGCGACGUCACUCAUGGCCGUGCUGCCAUCGCUGCCCGCCUUGUCGACGCUGCGCUUCAAAAUGGCGCUGAUCGACGACAUCGGCGCGAUGGCUCUGUCGGUGGCCCUUCCACGCUGCAUGGCGCUGCGUGCCCUUGAGAUUCGCGGCGUGUACAACCAAGCGUCGGCGUCGGCACUGCGCACCGCGGUCGCGUCCAUGCCGUCGCUCGUUAUACGGUGAGCCACGGGCUAUUCCAAGGGAAGACGUAUUGCGCUCUUCCACCCAAUGCAUGACGAUCGCUAAGGCUGUUAUUUUGUCCUCAAUAGCCUUUUUUGGGGGAGUUUCGCGUCAUAAUAUUCUUUUUUAGCAACAAGACUCGACACCAUGUUUGUCAC